AUGAUCAGAACGCCCACACGUACCAAAACGCUGUCUUUCGCGGGCCCGCAGGUAGACUUUCACUUUCCCAGCCCCGAGAGUGCACCCAACGGCAGCCUCGACAACUACCACAUGUCCAACCAUCACCUCUUGAAUGACGCGGUCGCGAGAAGCCCGUCGCAGAACUCCUCGGGCACGUCCAAUGGCGUCGACAGUGCGCACUACUCGUUCGCCAACAUCUCAGACAACACGACCGGAGUCCGCAACGCAGGCAAUGGAAAACGGUCAUCGCAGGCGCCGUCAUGGUCCAGCGGGUCCGGGUCGUGCCGGCGGUACCCUGUAACGCUAGCGCCUAUAACUAAUGCCUCUGCACUAGCGCGGCCAGGCGAUUCAGGGGCUGCAGAUGUCAGGAAAAAUGACACAGCUGCGUUCCUACGCCGCAAGCGCUCCCCCGAGGACUGCGCUCUGCACUCUAUCUCCACGAGCGCCUACACGAUACCUACGGCAGACAACAUCUCAUUCCAGAUCACAUUUGGGUCCAGCGACAAGAGCCACUCGCUGGGAAGCCUUAGGAGAUCGCCCUCUUUCGGGCGUAGACUGCCCAGCCGCCGCACUGCCGGUAGUAGUAACAACGCUCCCGUAUCUGCCAGUCUGCCGGCUAGAGCCGCAUCUGUGAAAAGCACACAGUCAACACUUAAAAGGUCACAAGCAGUCCGCUGCAAAGGCGGUCUUCUGCAGUUCUUCAUGCAAGUCGGCGUGCGCGCCAAAAACAGGAUACGACGCUGGCGGCUCGCAGUGCGCAAGAAGCUCUUCACUUACAAGGCCAAAAGGCUGGCAAAAAAGAACAAAAAGCAAACUACAUCACACUUGAAGAGAGGCAACGGCUAUGUAUCCAACAUUCAGCGUUCUAUCUCGAGCGCUUCCUUACGAAACAGCCAGCGCAAAAAUUCUGACUCAGCGUCGAAAGAGACGCCCGCUACCGUCGCUCGCUCAGGGACUCUACCCAACCCUCUCGAAACACCUCCUAAAACCACCCGGAAGUCCCUACGUCGAUCCCCAUCCUCCAUCAAAAGAGCUGCAUCAAUACUGACACGCGCGAACUCGUCUGGUACCAUCACGCAGGGAACUGCGGAAAAGAACAACGCAGGAGAAAACAUUCCAAGAACCAAACUAGUGAGGUCCGGCCCUUCGCUGUCUUUGAGCUCCAUCGCUCGCCAGCCCUCCAUUGUGGUCAACAACAAGGUGAUCCCUCUAACCAGCCUCAAUGAAGACACCAAGGAUUUCACAAUUGAGGAGGAGGACGAGGACGAGUACGUGAUUGACACAGAUUGCAUGAAGAAAAGUGUCAGAGGCUACAGCCAAAGCAGUAGCGGCAGCAGCAACAGCGGGAAGUCGUCCGACGAAACGUAUCAUGAUUCCUUGGAAAACCCAACCCCUGACGAGAGCCUUCUGCCAGACGAGAAAGUGUCAAGGGCCUUGGAUGCAUGGAACCACUAUCUGCGGGCAGUAGUGGCGCAGCGUGUCCUAAUGAGGCUUCAAAUCAGAAGAUUUCAAGAAUCUGGUGGUGACCCCGAGUGCCAGGAGCUCAUCGACGCUAUCAUUUCAGAUUACGAGGAGAAUUCUUCGAGCCACUGCGACUCUGACCUAAGAAGCGAUUCUACGUCGCUGACGUCUGUGAGCGACUGCGAGGGUCGCGUUUCGAGCAGCGUCGCUUCUGAUGUAUCUGUCGGAAUCACCGGUAGCAUAUUCUCUGCAAGGCCCUUCCAGCAGACCAUGAAAAACAGCGUGAAGAGAUCUUUAACUCUGCCCGUUGGUUUCCGUGUGUAG